AUGAGUACAACUGGGGAGCGGCUGUACUGGCGUACAAUUACUACAGACUGGGAGAGGGAUGCCUAUGGAAGGCAAGGACGGUGGCAGGCUUGGAUACUACAGCACUUUCCAGACAUUAUUGGCUGGGAAGAGAUGCCGACCUACACUGAGCUCAUGUCGCGUGCUAGUAGAUUCAGCCCCCGCAGGUGCGGACUUGAUCGCAAUGCUGUCGAGGACGUACGUUAUGACUGCUAUGCUGAGCACCAGGAGACGGUUCCCUUUGAUGAGAUAGCACUGUAUUCUGGAUGGUUGGCCUCCAGCUCGGCCAUCCUUGUAUGUUAUCUUCCGGAGCGCGUCAUGCGCCAGUUUGGCUACGCACAGACGAUACCUCGCGACCCUAUAGUCUCCGCUCCUAUCACCAUGACCCGUCGACAGUUAGAUGAGGUUUUUGCAGACUGGGAGAAUCACAUGGUUCCUGAGGAGGCUCGGGCGACGAGAGCAAAGAGCGACUGGAGCUGCGUCGAGGGGUACAUCACCUGGUAUUACAGGGUGUCACACCCGUACAUGCUUCCCGCUACACCUGGAGAUCCGCCCAGACUAGCCCACGAGGAGAUUCUACAGGCGAAUCAGGCUGAGUUGGACCACACUCACGAUCUCCCUCCUCGGUGUCAUGAGAUAGCUGACACGAGACUGGGAGCCAUUGCAGAUGGUUUAUUCUCUUAG